AUGCGCAUGCAAGCCCUAGCCACCCGCGCCCUCCUAAGCGGCCUCGCCUACGAACGCCUUCCCACCAUCCCCGGGACCUCUUCCAACCCUAACCAAGGUCUCAUUGCCAUUGGAACGGUUAGGUUGCUGGAAACAGAAAAGGAUACUGCGACCCAGGUGAAUACUGCACCGAGCGAGACACCUGCUGUCCGAUCGGCAAGACUUGUUCACCUGGUGGUGGGUGUGAUGCUGGGAAAGUACUUUGUGGUAAUGGCUGUAUGCCCGCCGGCGCGGUCUGCUGUCCCGACUACGGCUAUUGCGAUGCCGGCGAAGUAUGUACCGACCACGGAACUUGCGCCGUUUCCUCAGGCGGUGGAGGUAGCGGUGGAGGUAGCGGUGGAGGAGGAGGAGGAGGAGGAGGAGGAAGUGGUGGUUCCAGCACCUGCAGUGCCGCAGGAAAGGAACAAUGUGAUGCAGGCUGGUGCAUGCCGCUGGGAAGUGUCUGCUGCGCUACUGGCGAAGGGUGGUAUUGCGAUGUGA